AUGACGGACUACGCUUCAGAGCCCACCAGCUGGUAUCUCUGGCUCACUGAGCUGAGCAUCAUCCCACAGGAGUACCGGUACAUAAUUAGCAUCAUAUCCAGCCUUUUUCUCACGCUCGCCCUCACGCCGAUUGUACCGAUCGUUGUGCUGGUAAUCUACGACCUGAUCCUUUGGUUCUGGCGGCUCGCAGUUGCCAACUGGCGUGCCAGGUUUGCACCUAGAAUUGAAAUCGCCCCUGCCGAACCUCCGACGCCACCGAUAAACGGCACCGCCGCGAGCUGGUCCGUCGGAUGA